UCUUCUGUCAAACGGGGCAUGCAAAACGAAAGUUCACAGUCUGCAGGUAACAUUUUGUACAACUGAACAAGGUCCGAAGAUAACAUGUCGAAGGACGCUAAUCCCAAGGAGGCGCUCAUAAAGGCAGCCUACGCCGAUGUGCACAAGUUUGGCAACAAUCGCGAGUUCGACAAGGCCGUCAAAGCGGUGAAUCGCAUCCUGGGUGUGGCACCGGAUGACCCCACGGCACUCCACUGCAAGGUGGUCUGCCUGCUGCAGCUCUCGAAGUUCGAGGAGGCGUACAAGUUCAUUGAGAAGAAUCGCCUGUCGUCGCUGGUGUUCGAGAAAUCCUACUGCGAGUACCGCCUGAACAAGCAGGCGCAGGCACUGAAGACCAUCGACGAUGCCGCUGGCGCCCAGCCGCUGCCGCCGAACCUCAAGGAGCUGCGCACGCAGAUUCUGUAUCGUCUGGAGCGCUACGAUGAGUGUCUGGACUCCUACAAGGACAUCAUCAAGAACACCAGCGAUGAGUACGAGGACGAGCGCCGAACUAACCUCAGUGCCGUGGCAGCCAACUUGGCCUUGGAUAAGAACAAGGACAUACCCGAUGUGCCGGAGGACACGUACGAGCAGUACUUCAACAGCGCCUGCAUCCAGUCCAAUCGCCAGAAGUUUACGGACGCGGAACGCAAGCUGCGCACCAGCGAGAAGCUGUGCCGCGAGUUCCUCGAGGAGGAGGGCGCCUCGGAGGAGGAGAUCCUCGAGGAGGUGGACGUUAUACGCGUCCAGCUGGCCUACUGCCUGCAGCUGCAGGGCAAGAUCAAGGAGGCCAGCACCAUCUACGCAGAGUGUCUGCGUCACAAGCCCAAGGACGCGGCCCUGGUGGCGGUGGCCAGCAACAAUUCAGUUGUGAUCAACAAGGACCAGAAUGUGUUCGACUCGAAGAAGAAAAUACGCGCUGCCAUGGCCGACGCAUGCGAGCCGAAGCUCACGUCACGCCAGAAGCAGGUCAUUGCCCUGAACAACUGCCUGCUGGCGCUGUACACGAAUGCCAGCGAUCAGGUGCAUCAGCUCAGUCAGAAGCUGGCCCAAACCUAUCCGCACGUGGAGUUCGAGGCGCUGCUGAUACGCUGCAGCCAGCUGGGCAAGGACAAGAAGCACAAGGAGGCCAUCGAGCAGCUGCAGAAGUUUGCCGCCGCCCAUCAAUCGCAUCAGUUUGUCAGCAAGUUUGCCAUCAUUCAGCUGCAGCUGCUGCAGGGCAGUCGUCGGGAUGCCAUCGAGACGCUGCUGUCGCUCGGCGAGGCCAAGUACAAGCCUGGCAUUGUCUCGGCUUUGGUCUCCCUCUAUCUGGGCACGGACAACAAGCCGGCAGCCUCGGCCCUGCUCAAGUCCGCCGUGGACUGGUACAAGAAGAACAAUGUCAGCAGCGGCGAUCUGUCGGACAUGUGGCGUCAGGCAGCCGAGUUCCACUUGCGUGGCGGUGCUUCCGAGACGGCGGCCAGCUCGCUGGAGGAGCUGCUGAAGCUCAAUCCCAAUGACAUGAAGGUGCUGGCCCAGUUGGUCAUUGCCUACGCGCAGUUCAAUCCCAAGCGGGCGCUCGAGAUCAGUCGGAAGUUGCCCACGCUGGAAACAUUGACCACGGCAUCCGAAAUCGAUGCCCUGGAGGCGGCCAAUUGGGUGAUGUCCGCCAAGGCGGCCAAGAAGUCGGCCAAUUCCAAGAUCGAGCCAUCGCCCACCACUCCCGGGGACAAGAAGAAGAGCCACAAUCGGAAGCGCAAGGGCAAGCUGCCGAAGAACUACAAUGCCGAGGUGGCACCAGACCCAGAGAGAUGGCUGCCAAAGUAUGAGCGCACUGGCUUCCGGAAGAAGCGUGGCGGUGCCCGUGGCAAGGACAUUAUCAAGGGCUCUCAGGGCAUGGCCUCGGGAGCAGCCGAUCAAUACGACAUGUCGAACCGCGUGAAUAUAACCAAGAAUUCGCCCGUGACGCCCGUGUUCCAGGAGACUACACCCGGGCCAAGGCAGCAGCAUCGCAAGGGAGGACACAAGAAGAAGAAGGGCGGCCGCUUCUAAAGCCUACAAAAUGCAUUUUAAUUCAAACAAUAAUUAAACAAAACUGUUCAACAUAA